AUGCCUCCUAAAUGCGAGUUAUGUGAAGAUUAUGGACAUCGUUGCCCAACUACUGUAGUUCCGAGUGUCUCUACUGGCAGUAAAGAUGUUCAGCCUCGGGUUGGUGGAACUCCUCUGUCAAAGCCCCUUCACAAUCAGUCCGUGUCGUCAGCUUCAGCAAAUAUUCAACCUGUUACCUCAGCUCAGUUUGAUGAUGAAGAAGAAUUGAUAAAGGCAGCACAGUUGAUUAUUCGUAACCGCAUUGCUAGUUCACAAGCAGUACCAUCUCAACAUGGACAUGGAGCCUCAAAUAAAAAGGGCAAAAAAGCACGACAGCUUCAAAGGAAACAACUGAUGAUUUUGUCCUCCCCUCUUACGGUACCUCCUGAUCCGUCGGGUACAGUCACAAGUGCUCCCCCUCAGGUGCCCUGCACCGCCCCUCCUACAUCAUUCUUAUAA